GCGAGCUGAUAGGAGGAGGGAAAGAAAGUGAAUCGUUUAAUAAAUCUCCUCCUUGAUCAUGGUGGUUAGUGUUUAUGUGCGUGUUUAUUUAUCAUCAUCGACAACGGCAGCAACAAUCAACUUACAACACAGUAAAUCAACCUCAGCGAGUUUUACUUUUACAUUUAUUUCCCAUCAAAGAUAAAAAAGGUUCAGUGAAAGGCUGACAAUGAUAAUCAGCUUCUCCUGUCAUUCUCACUCUCUAUCUAUCUCUCUCUUAUGAUUUUUGUUUCAAGCUAGUUCAAUUUUUCAUUCAUUCAAUCAAUGUUUGCUGCUAAUCAAUUCUGGUGUUAACAAACUCUUUCUCCUAUUUUCAUAAUCUCAACACUAACCCUUAAGUGGAAACCCUCUUUUUACCAUCGUGUUUGUGUUGUUGUUGUUGGUGCUUUUGUUUCUCCUCUUUUUGUAGUUCCAGACUGAUUUGCUUUUUUGUUUUCAACUGACUAUUUAUUCCAACAUUUUCCUUCUUACCUCUUCCAGUCAACUAAUCAAGCUAAUCAGCAUAAAACUUUAUUGAGAGAAUCAGCUGGUUAAAAGCAUUUUUCUGCAUCCUUUGCUUUGUUUACUUGUGUCUAUUACCAUUUAUUGCACCUCUAAAUCAAACCUUUUAUUUUACAUUUUGAUAUGUCAUCUUCACCACCAUCAGAGACGACCAGUGAGGAUAACAGAUUGUUAAGUUUAGGACCAAUGAGUGUUCGUGAUCAACUUUACCGGUCAGCAACAAACAAAACAUUUGAAAAUGAACCUGACUUACCCAGUUUACCGGUUCCUGAUUUACAGUCCACCCUUGCCCUCUACCUAGACACUGUAAAGCCAGUAGUUGAUAGUGAGGAAUAUGAAAAUACUGAACAAAUCGUUAAAAAAUUUGGCUCUUCGAUUGGACCAAAGCUUCAAGAAGCACUUCUGCAACGCGCUCAAAAAUCAAGAAACUGGCUUGAAGAUUGGUGGCUCAAUUAUGCUUACUUACAACAACGAACACCGUUAAUACCUUAUUGUAACAUGGCAGCUCCUUACCCGAUUCAUGAAUAUUGGCCACCACAACGUGGAAGUCGAAUUGAUAGAAUAUCAAUGUCCUUAGCUUAUGAAUUAGAAUUUUGGAAGAUGAUUCGAAGCCAAAUAAUGCGACCAAUGGUACAUAGAGGAGUUCCAUGGGCUAUGGAUCAAUUCAAACGAUUAUUCAAUACCUGCCGAGUUCCUGGCGAAGAAAAAGAUACUCUUAAAUGUUGGUUUGUCACCGAGGAUGAAGGACCACCAGCUCCAACCAACAUAAUUGUCCUCUAUCGUGGUUACAUUUUCAGUUUUGAAGCUGUUGACAGAGAAUUGGAUGAACCAUUAACACCUCAAGAAAUAGCAUUCCAAUUAUUUUAUAUUGAAAAAUGGUGCCAAGCUCAAUCAACCGAUGGGCCUGGAGUGGGUGCCUUAACUGUUGCAGAUCGAAGUCAAUGGGCAAAAAAUCGCGAUUAUCUGAUCAAAUGUCAUCCUCAGAAUAAAACUACUUUAGAUAAAAUUGAACAAGCUUUGUUUGUCAUAAUUUUCGAUGAUUCCGAGCCCAUCACACAAAGUGAGAUAUUGAGAGAAGCAAUGUGCGGUGAUUGUAAAAAUCGUUGGGCUGAUAAAUCAAUGUCAACUAUAGUCUUCAAUAACGGACUUAUGGGUGCUAAUGGUGACCAUACACCUUUUGAUGGUUUGUGUACAGCCAUUUUAAGCCAUUACAUCAUGAUGUCAAUGGAUGAAAGUAAAGGAGUCUGGAAAGGAAGUCGAAAAUUCAGGGACAUGCCGAAAGCAGAACGGUUAGACUUCAUCUUGGAUGAUCAUUUGAAGGGCGAGAUUGAAAAUUCAGUCAAAACAUUCAAUCAAAACUGUUCAGAUAUUCAAAUUGUCCAUCAAACAUUUAAAGGUUUUGGUAAAGCUGCUCUUCGGGACUACAAAUUUCACCCUGAAGCAUUUACUCAAGUCGCCCUACAAUUAGCUUAUUACCGAAUGCACGGAAAACCUGCACCAACUUAUUGUACUGCUAGUACUCGACAAUAUUAUCAUGGACGAACUGAAACAUGUCGAUCAUGUUUCCCUGAAAGUGUUGAUUUUUGUAAAUCUGUAGUCGAAGGAAACUCAACACCUGGAGAUCUUUUUAAUAAACUCAAUCAAGCUGUAAACAAAUUCAACAAAUUAAUGGGAGAAGCAAUGAAAGGUUAUGGCUGCGAUCGUCAUCUAAUGGGUCUUUACUUAAUCUGUAUGGAGGAGGGACACGAACUUCCCGACUUAUUUACUGAUCCAUCUUUCAUUAAAAGUGGUGGAGGAGGCAAUUAUAUUUUAUCAACAAGUUGCUCAGGUUAUUGGCAUAUAUGUGGAGGAGUCCCACCGAUGAGAGAUGAUGGCUAUGGAACUUUCUAUGGAAUUGAAGAUACUCAAAUUACAUUUUGCGUUACUGCUUACAAAAAGUGUGAAGAGACUGAUCCAGAAGUCUAUUUCAACAAUAUAUGUACCGCCUUAAUGGAUAUGCAAAAAAUUUGUAACUCGUCCAAAUUGUGAUCCAAUUCAAUGUUUUUCUUCAUUUAUCGAUCUCUACAAUUUUACUCUUUUGACUACAGUUUAUCGUUUAUUUCCUACUCAUCAAACCAAAACUAUCCUUUGACUUGUUAUCAUGUUUAUUUUCCUAUUUUAUUCAAAGAUUGGUUCGAUAACUACUUUAUAAUAUAAAGUGAAAAUCUUAUAACUGUUCA